AGCCUUGAGCUCAUGUCCGUGCUGGGAAGUGACGGGAUGGGGAGCCGCUGGCUCCUCCCGCCAUCAGGGAAACAUUAACUCCGGAGUUCAGGAAACCUAUAGGGGCAAAGUAGUGCAGAAAGUACCUUUCAGAAAACAAGGCUAGCUAGGCGCAAAAAACAAUGCAAAUUCCCAUUUUUACGGUUGAUGCAUUUACAAACCGGCCGUUUUCUGGAAAUCCUGCGGCAGUUUGUCUGCUUGAAAAUGACUUGGAUGAAGAUUUGCACCAAAAAAUUGCAACAGAAAUGAACCUUUCAGAAACUGCUUUCAUCAGAAAACUGUACCCUGGAGAUGACUUCAGCAGAAGUUCUUGCUUUGGACUUAGAUGGUUCACCCCAGCCAGUGAAGUUCCUCUCUGUGGUCAUGCUACACUUGCAUCAGCUGCUGUGUUGUUUUACAUACAAAAAAACACAAAUUCAGUUCUCACAUUUGUGACUCUGAGUGGGGAAUUAAAAGCCAGACAAGUAGAAGAUCAUAUUGUCCUGGACUUACCACUUUACAAAACCUCCCCACAGGUACUUCAGGAAGUAGAAGAAUUAAUAAAGGCAGCAGUUGGUAACAUGAUUGUUCAAGAUCUCCGGUAUUCUCCUGACACAAAGAAACUCUUAGUCCGCCUCAGUGAUACUUAUGAAAGGUCUGUGUUGGAAAAACUGCAAGUCAGAGCACAAGACUUUUUGUCAGCUGAAAAGACAGGAAAGGUGAAAGGACUCAUACUCACUCUUAAAGGAAAUUCCCCUGGAAACCAUAGCGGCCAUGAUUUUUACUCCAGAUAUUUUGCACCUUGGGUUGGAGUCCUGGAAGAUCCUGUUACAGGAUCUGCCCAUGCUGUUUUAAGUAGCUACUGGUCAGAGCAUCUGGGGAAGAAAGAAAUGCUCGCUUUUCAAUGUUCCCGCCGUGGAGGAGAGUUGAAGAUUUCACUGCGUAAUGAUGGAAGAGUUGACAUUGCAGGGAAGAUUGCUAUUGUAUUAAAAGGAAACCUGACUUUCUGAAGAAAUUUGCACUAACAAUUUCAUCACCCACACCUAAUUAUUCAUAUUGUGCUGACUAUAUCUAAGCUCUCAGCAGAAGAUCCUUGCUGUUUUUUUCUUCACCGUUGUCUUGCCCCUUUAUAUGUAUGCCAACACCAGAAACUGUCCAUCUUUUUUUUCUGAUUUUAAAUGUUUCUGUUUAUUUUCAAAUUCUGUUUUAAAAACCAUUCCUGCUUCCUGGAUUGAAUUGUAAAAUUUUCAGAUUCAUAAAAUAAUCAAACUUUUUCCAUGUUCAGUCAUUCUCCACAAAAUCUGACUCCAGUCCUUUAAAAAAACCUGCACAUCUUUCUUCUUCCAUGCAUUGAAAUGAUGUUCAUUAAUUUUAUUAAAAUAUUAAAAAUUAUACAUGGUUGAGAAAUGUGCUUUAUGGUUCCUUUUUAUGAACAGCAUUUUUCAAAGAUAAAUUGCUUCAUAGUGGCUCAUAAUACUUCUGCUUAGACAGUGUUUUUAAAGUCUUAGCAGGAAGAUUUAAGGUAUUUACAGCGAUGCAAGAAGAAGUGGUUAAAAUUGGAAAGAAAAGUCUGUUAGUUACAGCAAUGUAAUUACUUUUCAAAGAAUGAAGAUUUGCUCCUAAAUUAAAAGUUUCUUCUGUAAUGUUCUUCAUGAAAUGUAAUGCUUCAAAUUAACUUUUCUCUAUAGUGUUCUUGUCUUUCUCUGGAUUUAUUAGGAAUAUUGAACUGUUUCAGUUACUCAAACUAAACCUGUUUCCCCUUUCAAUUCACUUUUAUCCUAAGCUUUGCUUCAGUUCUUCUUCUUUACAAUAUUUCAGGAUUAAGUAUUUUGGAAUCAGUGGGGUUUUCAUACUGGGGGAACAGGUGGAUGUCAGGCCUUUUUAAGUGAUGAGGACCUUACUUGUGUCGAGUUCCCCUGUGUUCAUUAUUGUGAAUGGUAUCAUAACUUGUUUAUAUCUUUCUUAAGCUUGAGUAGCUGGAGGCAAGUAACAGUGAGAAUCCUAGGAUUCAUUUGAAAUAAAAAUUUCUAGCUCCUGACACUAUAAAGAACAUAUAAAAAUACAAUAUAAAUGCACUACAAGAGACAGGGGGCAAGCAAAUUAAGUUGCCAAAUGGUGUUGCAGGUGUGUCUUCCAUAUACAAUCUUGCUGAAGUUCAUGGAUCUGAAAUACUGCUUACAAACAUUAUCAGAUGCAAGAUAUGGUUAUGGAGGCAGCAUCUUGACAGCACUGCUGCCAUGGCAUAGGUAGCCAUCACUUUGACCUUGUCUUCUCAAAGCAAGUUGAUCAUUUUCCAAGUAGCAACCUGGAUGUUGAGGAGCAGUCCUGCACACCUCUUUGCUGCAUUUGCUACUUCCUACUGGCUUAUACAGAGGGAAUCUGGCCCAUAGUCUGAGAUGCUUUGGAAAAAAACAACAAACAACUCUCCUGAAGAAUAUAAAUGAAAUAAUUUCUUUGCAAGGAAGCAGUUGGUGUUCAUCCAUCCACAUUU